CCAACCCUCUCGACCUUGUCAAGAACUCAUUUAUCUUCACCUUCUUAUUCAUGGAGACGCUGCACUGGUUCUGGGUCUUUGUUGCCAUGAAGGAGGACAGACGCGAGUGGAUGGUUCGCGAGGCUACCGCACAGCUCCGUGAGGAAGAGGAGAAGAAGUUCAGAAUGUAAAGAGCUAUGGAAGGAAAAAAAGACCAAGAAGCAGACUACGAUAAAAUCACACCCGAGGAGCUUAUCUUAGACUUUCUGAUCACGCCGCAUACCCAAAACUGUUCGCUGACUUUGCACCCAUCUUUGAACAUGGCCCUGUUUGUGGCACACUCGAUCUCCCGAAAACGGAUUUUGGGGAAACGCAGGCUUCGGUUGCUUCGAGCUAGCGUUUUGAGGCAAUUUGUAAGCAUGACUACUGCUGUCACCCCAGAUGCAUCAACCCAAUGGCAGAGUAGAGGCAGGCAGGGGAGACAAAGCAUCUGUAGGUCAGGUCAAAGGCAUCUUCUCGUACCAUUGAUAUGUCACUGUGCAUUUCCUCCCGAUAAAGAAGACAUAGGGGUUUCACCCGAACUGUGUUUGAUUCAUGUCAACGGUAUCUUGAAGCUUCUACCAGUUAUCCACUUGGUAAAAGUGGUUCUCUCGCCAUACAUUCCUUCUCAAUAGGUCUCUUCAAACUUCGAAUUUCGAAUGUCCUA